GGUCUAAUGAGACCCCAGCUGGUACAAAAAAAAAAAAGAAGAAAACGAGGGAAAAUGACACUUAGCAAUAAUCUGUGCAUCAGUACACCUUAAGGGAGAGAUGGAGGAGUGUGUUUGAAUGUUUGAAUCAAAAUGUCAUAACAGAAAUUCAAGGUGACAUUCAGGCUGGCUCUGUGUAAAACAUUAACAGAUAUUACAAAAUUAAAUCAACAAAGUUCGGCCCAGUCAUUUUGUAAACAGUGAUAACUGGAGUAUAAGUAAGUUUGCAGUCAGCUAAGUUUGUUAUCCGACAGCCAUGGCGAUGAUGCCCGUUCUCCUCUCUGCAGCCAUUCUGCUGCUGCUGCUGCCUGGGACUCUGACGGGAUCUGGUACACUAUCUCCCUUGGAUGUGGUGGUGGAGAACAGCUUAACAGACGCCCCUCUGUUGAACUACACCACUCAUGUGGCUUACAGAGGGAUCCUACUGGGUGCAUUGAAGAGACUGGUGGACUCCAAUGCAAGUUUUAACUUCACCUACACAGAGAAUCUGAACUAUGGCCCAUACCUGGAGAGUGUGAAUGAUGUAGCUGGAAAUGAUGAAGAACACACAUACUGGCAGCUGCUGGUCCAGAGUGCAGAUGGCAAAAUCACAGCGCCUGAUGUUGGUAUUGGAUGUUACAUUCCCAGUGCAAAUGAGAAGAUCAUUCUGAAAUUCACAAAGUGGUGAUGAUUCAGCAACUAAUAUUGAGUUGAACUUCCUGAGUGGAACAACCAAUGUAGAAUUGGCUGUAUGACACUAAAAUA